AUGGAAAAAGAAGCACUCAAUCGAAAAGAACGUCUAGCAGCAUUACGAAAACGGAAAACAGGAUCUGAAUCAAAUCAAGCUGCUGAAACAGCCGAAAAGAAUCUGUCAUUUCGAAGCUAUACACCAACCGAUGAAAACUUGAAACAACACACAAACGUUGCAACCCCAUCCGACAUUGGCGAAACAGUUGAAUCCGAAACCAAAGAUUACACAAAGAAGGCAUUAGCAGCAGCUGCCGAACAAGAUAAGGAAGAAGUGGACCUAUUCAAUUUGCAACCAAAAAAACCAAACUGGGAUCUAAAACGCGACGUACAGAAAAAGUUGGACAAGUUGGAUAGAAAGACACAAAGAGCUAUUCUCGAAAUUAUACGCGAACGUCUGGUGAACGAAGGGGAUAAAGAGGGAAAUCUUGCAGAUGCCGUUGCAAACGCAGAAAAACAACAAAAACUCGACGUAGAGGACGAUUAG